AUGUUUUUAAAUAGAAUCUAUCGUCUGUCAUCUACCACCAUAACUAGAUCCAUCUCCAUAGCACGUCCCAUACCUAAACCCACAAACAAUGUGCCUGACGUCGAAACAUUCUUGAAACUCAUCGGUAGAAACUGUGUCGAAUUCAAGGACACAUACGAGAACAAAUGGGACAAUCUGUUUCUAUGGGAUGGCCCAGUUUUGAAAGAGAAAGGGGUGCCUAUCCAACAACGCAAGUAUAUCUUAUCGCAAGUACAAAACUUUAGAAUCUCCGGCGAUCAAUCCAUCAAAGAAGUUAAAAAGGGUAAGAAAUCCUUCUUUGGUGGUGAAAGAAAGAGGAAAGCUUUUAAAGCUAGAUGGAUAGCUAUAGCAAGAUCUGAAAGAAAGGAACAAUAA